AUGGCUGUCGAUAGAUUUGGGAAUUAUAUUGCAAAACUUACCAAUCUCAUAAGAGAAGAUACCAUAGAUAUCAAAUCAGCUCGGUAUCGGUAUUCAGAAUCCUCGGACUAUAAUAAUAGAGGAUUGGAAAAAAGAAUAGAACAAAUUGAAGCCAACUUAGCCAAAUUUGCCAGAAAAGAUACUAAAGGUGCCAAAACAUCUCAGCGUCAACGCUCGGAAUCCUCACCUUUUGGAGGAUUGGAAAAAAGGUUAGACCAAAUCGAAUCCUUAAUAGCUAAACUUGUCAAGGAAUCCAAAUCCAGAAGUGGACGAAUUCAUACGGCUACAGCAGAUGAACAAUCUAAUCCCAUUUUUUCUGAUGAUAACGCAUCUAAACCUGAGGACAAUGAUUAUAACUCUGAUAAUUCUUCAGCUGGUUCGAACUCUGAAAAACACGAUACGCAUGUUCAGCAUUCCAAUAAGUCCUCAAGCGAGAUUUCGAGAGAGACCAUUAGCUCUAAAAUUAAUAAUGAGUCCAAGUCUCAUAAGGUAAAGCAGGAUAAUAACUCACCAUCUACCUGUAAUGUCUUAUCAGAAAAAGGUAGCCAAG